AUCAAAAUUUUCUAAUGCUUCUGAUUAUUGGGCAGAAAUCCCUUUCGUCUUACAGAGUUGUUCUUCAUUACGCUAACCCUAUUGAUUUCCAUUUUGGUUUUUGUUUCUUCUAUAAAAGGGAACUCCAUUUCUACUGCGAUUCAGUCCGUAGUUGUCGAUUCUUUUUUUUUUUUUUUUUUUUGAAUCGUUUCUAUGGAGACUCCUCUUACUUCGUCUCGCAUCAUCAUUGCUUAUGAUGCUACUAAGGAUCGCACUGAACACGAGCUUCAGCUUACUCUGAGGAACUUGUGGAUGAGAGGCGACAUCCUUCGUGGAGGCGAUACGCUUAUUGUGCUUGGAAUUCUUCAUAAAGUGCCUCAUCCGUUGGGUUACCAAUUGAAAGCUUGUCCCGACUCGAUUUUUGGAACCAGCGUUCGUGCAAUGGAGGAAGAAGUUUCAAAGAAAGCAGAUGCAUAUAUUGCCAUGCUUCAGCAAAGUGCAGAGACGUGUGAAGAAGGAGGGGUCAGCAUUGAAGUCAGAAUUACUGCUGGUUUCCCCAUAAAGAAUGUUAUUCUACAAGAAAUCGUGGUCUUUAGCGCGAGCUGGGUUAUACUCGAUAGGCAUCUUAGACGGGAUGAGAGAUUUUACCUUAAACAUUUAUCUUCCAAAGUUGCUGCAAUCCAAGAUAACUUGUCUGUUAGAGUUUUGAGAAAUAAGACUACAACUGUGGCAAAUGAACAGAAUUUGAGGGAUAGUGAAAAGUCCAUUCUCUCUAUCAAAAGUUUCUCAUUCCAAAGUAGUUCUCAGGAUAGCUCAUCAUCACAGAGCAACUGGACCAGUUCGUCCAGUAGCAUAUCUAGAGACCUUACAUCGGAUGCUGAGUCAUCUUUUCAGCAAGAAAAAAUAGGUACAGAUUCCAGAGAACAGAAAGUUUAUGCAACUGCUUCUCAGACUGUUCAACUUCCAAAUAAGGACAUCUUUCAACAGAAAUCUUCAGAAGCACCAAUUUUAUGUUCUGUUUGUGGAAUGAGGUCUGAUUUGCAUAUGAAGGAUACCAUGAGGUUUAGCUUUUCUGAAAUUCAGCAAGCAACUUCCGAUUUCUCAGCAGCAAACUUGUUAGGAGAAGGUGGUUAUGGUCAUGUUUUUAAGGGUGAACUAAAAAAUGGACAACUCAUUGCUGCAAAAGUGCGAAAAGAAGAAAGUAGCCAAGGAUUUAUAGAAUUUCAUUCCGAGAUACAAGUUUUGAGUUUUGCUCGUCACAAGAAUAUAGUGAUGUUGUUGGGUUAUAGUUUCAAGGAAAAUUUAAAUGUUCUGGUCUAUGAAUAUAUUUGCAACAGGUCUCUUGAUUUUCACUUAUUUGGUAAAACGACUACAGUUCUUGAACUACAUCAAAGAUAUGGCAUUGCUGUUGGAAUUGCCAAGGGACUGCGUUUUCUUCAUGAAGAAUGUCGUGGAGGUCCUGUAAUACACAGAGAUGUCCGUCCAAGUAACAUAUUGCUCACACAUGAUUUUGUUCCUAUGUUGGGUGAUUUUGGCUUGGCCAAAUGGAGGGCAAAAGAUGAAACAUUGCAUACAAGGAUACUCGGCACAUUUGGAUAUGUUGCACCCGAAUAUGCGGAAAACGGUAUUCUUUCAGUAAGAACGGAUGUAUAUGCAUUUGGAAUUGUAUUGCUACAAUUGAUAUCUGGUCGCAAGGUGUUUGAUGCUAAGAAUGAUAUACAAGGACAAUCUCUUCGAGAAUGGGCUGAACCAUUAAUUGAGAACUUAGCAUUACAUGAACUGAUUGAUGCUCGAGUUGCAAAGACAUAUGACACAUAUGAAUUGUAUCUCAUGGCCAGAACUGCAUACUUAUGCGUCCAAAUAAGCCCUGAGAACCGUCCAUCAAUGGGAGAGGUUGUGCGCCUUCUUGAAGGGGAAAAUGAUCAUUUUCACUAUUUGGGAGAGAAGUUGAUACCUCAUUAUAACAAAUAAAUGAUCUAGUGGUGUUUAGAAUUGAAUACUCUUAUUGUCUUAUUUGAUCCAAGUUUGUGCGCCUUCUUGGAGGAGAAAAUGAUCAUUUUCACUAUAUAGGGGGAAGCUAGUGCCUCGUUAUAACAAAUAAGCGAUCUAGUAGUGUUUUUUUCUUUCUUUUUCUUUUUUGUUUGUUUGCUUUAGCCUUUCACUCCUCACAUGUUUUUUCUUGUAACAUAAAGCACUAGUUUGUUUUGUUCAUAAUGAAUGUAGAUGAAACACAUGAAUUUAUUAUAUUGUUAUAGUUUUUGUUGUA